GGCCUGGUGGGGAGGGAAAGCGGGUUUGAAGUGCGCGGGGCGAGGAUGGCGGCUGGGGAGCGGCUCCAGGGGGCGUCUGCGCGUGAAAAUAGCCGCUCCCCUUAAACUUUGACAACAAGACGUGCCACUUGUUCAGUCUGUGGUCAACUUGGAGAGUGUUAGCACUGGCCGUGACCAUGUGGGCCGAGAGUGCCAGUGAAAUGGGCUAUGAUGAUGAGUUUACCGCGGAGCCAUAAGAGAAGUUGGGUGCACAGUGAGGCGAGGAGUGUGAAGUAAGCUAGAGUGCAAGGGUGUGUGAUUUUUGGAACCCUGAGAGAGCCGUGUAAUUGUAAAAAGCCCGCUCUUCGUUUCUCCUCGAGGCCCCAACCAUCUCCUCCUCCUCUCCCUUCACUCCAUAAUAGUCACGUGUGUGUGUAGGUGUGGAGGUGUUCAGGGAGAGGAUUAAUUAUCACUAUUGUAAGGCCGCUCCGGGUUCUGUGUCGGUUGUGAAUGCUUGCAGACUUGGAAAAUUCUCUUUAUCAACAACUCUUGGAUACUCUUCCCCGGGCGAGUGUGUGUGCGAGGUGAGUUGUCUGUCUGUCUGGACAUCCGAUUGCGUCAUUGUUUACAAGCGUGAUGUCACAGUUGCGUCAUCGGCAGCUCCUGUGACGUCAUGAUGGUAGAGAGGCGGAAGACACAGUGAACGCCCCGGUCCAGCCUCCGACGGCACGGUGCAGGAACCAUGAUGUGUGACCGGUGGUGGAAACUUGGCCUACUGAAGAUGGCUGCGGCCCUGGAGUACACUCCCCCUGUGCUGGUAUUCCCACGCGAGCCCCCAAGGUUUCUCCUACCUGCCUAGAGUGACCAGCACCACCUGCCGGUCUGCCUGCACACCUGGCUGGCCGGCCGGUCACUGCUGCUACGGCUGCAGGAAGCCCUCAAGUGUAUUUCUCAGCUUCAGCUCCUUUUGCUCCUGCUGGCCCAGCUGGCGAGAGACCAAGUGCAUUACCGCUAACCAUGUGAUAAUGUUGUGCCCUAACCCUGGACUAUCGCUCGGCUGACGUGCCCAUGCGCUCGCUCCUGGACUAGUGCAGUUCUUGUAGUCAAAUUGAUAGACUUUAUAGCAACCUGCCUUAGUGUGGAGGUGCAGAGUAGUGAAGUGCACACCUUAGGGUACCUGGAAGACAUCUUAUACGACAAGGACAAGACCAGAGGCUCAGGAGGAGAGGCGGCGUGUGCAAGGCGCCCCAACUUACCACACUCAUCAGCUGUGACAUUUUUUAGCUCUGGGACGGAGGACAAAGUGGUUUACGCUGGCUCUUCUUGUGUGGCUCCCGUCAUUCCGCCACCGUGGCAGGGGUGGGGGGGGGCACAGCACUGGCUGGGGGGGCUGCCCCUGAUAAUAUGGCAGACUUUCAGCAGGGCAGACAAGUUGUUGUUGACCGGCUAAAGCGUCGCCUCGGCCACUACCGCCAGAACCACAAUUCCGUCACCUCUCGCUUCGACACCUCCAUCCAAACUCUGUACACUGACCAGCAAAAACAGACUAUCUUGCUGAAACAGAGGCACAUAGAAUCUAAGGCUAAGAAAACCAACAAGAAAACCAACGAUAACAAGAAGCAGGAUAAUUCGUCCUUAUUAGCCACCAUGGGGCAGUCAAAGAUGCUUGCCCGAGGGCAUGACCAGACCACAUCGUCUGGCGAGACCCACGAGAAUGAGCCAGCAACCAAGAAACAGCGGCUCAACAAUGGCGCUCCCCCUCAUGGCGGCCCCCUCCACGGCACCCCCUCCCAUGCGGGGGGCCCUCCUCCCCCACACGGGGCAGGCCUCCACCCAGGGGCCUCCCAGUCCUCUGGCUCCUCAGGGGAUAUUGGUGACCUGCAGAUGGCACAGCAGCUCCCCAAUAUUAAAAAGACUGACUCCCCAGUGCCUCUUGGAGGUGCCACCUCAGCUGUCAACGGGCCUUCCGUGGACGAUGUGAAGAAGGAGCAGCAGGACCUGGACAUCAACAUCCUGGAAGAGUUUGAUGACUUCAGUAACCUUGGUGAUAUUGAUGACAUGGGGAUCAAUUUUGAUCAGUUCAUGAGUGACCUUGACUUUGACAAUAUGAAGCAGGAAAACAGUAACUCUGGCCUGGCUGACCUUGUGAAAGAGGAAUCUGUUGACAAUAUAUUUGAAAAUGAGCCAUCGAGUGUGAGUAGUGAUAGUGGCGUAGCAAGUGGUAAUGCCAAUUCUCAGAGUCCCCAAGUGAACAUGAGUAAGUCUGGGGGGACUCCCACCACCUCUGCCUCACCAGUGUUCACUCAGUACCCGGGAACACCCCCAGUUUCCCAUACCUCCACCCCACCUACCUCCUUCCCACAAACCUCAUUCAACCCCACCUCCACCUCCACCACUUCCAGCUCCCCAACUACGUUCUCUGCUCCCAGUAGUGUGACAAAAAUUCGUGUGGGCAUGGGACAGUCAGACAUGAUCCCCGCCGCCCAGACGCUGAAGCAGAUGGCUGAGCAGCAUCAGAUCAAGAUGGUGUCGGCGCCCAAUGCACGGCCAGGCUUUGCCGACUAUCAGCUGAACAACAUGAACAGUCCUGCUGGCCCUGGCAUGAUGGGGCAGACCGGAAGCAUCGGUAAUCAAAUGUACAAUAGCAACAUGAAUCAAACCAAUCCCAUGUACAACAAUCAAAAUAGCGGUAUGAGUGAAAUGGAGAUGAAAAAACGCCAACUAAUGCAGCAGCAGAUGGUGCAGCAACAGGUGCAUCAGUCUCAGCAGCAGCAACAAUCACAGCAGCAGCAACAGCAGCAGCAACAGCAGCAGCAACAACAGCAGCAGCAACAACAACAGCAGCAGCAGCAGCAGCAGCAACAACAACCUCAGCAACAGCAGCAGCAACAGCCCACUGGCCAACAGCAGGGCCAGAUGCCAGCAGGAAUGGUGCCAUACCAGAAUCGCAUCUCCCCUAUGGGCUCCUUCCCCAGCUCCUCCCAACCAGGCACCCUCACACCCCAGUACCAGAUGGCUGGGGCCAUGGGCACUGGGGUGAGAGGCCCAUAUCCUGGAGGUCCCCGCGGGCCAUCCCCAAUACCUCCAGGCUCACAGGGAGGAGGACCGUCUCCCAUACCUGCAGGAGUUCAACUUGGUGGUCAGAUGGGAGCUGAUGGCAAACUAAGUAAUGAAAUGUUCUAUCAGGGUCAGAUUAGCAGCCAGUAUAGGAUGAGCCCAGCUCAGCCACCAAGAUAUCCCGGCCAGCAGAUGAUGGGGCCAGGGGGCAUGAUGCGCCACGUUAGCCCUGCCGGCAGCCAGAUGGUUGGCCAGUCUGGGCAGAUGAUGCCCCGUCCCCCACCACCCGAGUACCAACAGCUUAUACAACAGCAGCAAAUGAUGGGUCAGCCCAUGUCCCAGGCCAUGUCUCAGAUGGGGCAAGGCAUGAACCAGAUGAGCUACCAGGGCAUGCGGCCCAACAUGAGGCCAGGGAUGGUGGCCAACCCCAUGGUUAACAUUGGCUCUAACCAGAUGAUGGGAAACAUGGCCCAGCAAACGCUGCCACCCAACAUGCCCACCAUGAAGCCUGGCAUGGUUCCGACCACCACCAUGAACCCAACUUCAAGCAUGCCCAGCACAACCAUGGCUGGUGGCACCAUGCCCACCAUGAGUGUUGGUACCAUGUCAGCCAGCAACAUGAGCAACAGCAUGGGGCAGGUGAGCACAGCUGGCACCAUGGGCAUGGUCAGCCGCAACCCCAUGGGCAACAGCAGCAUCCUCCAGCGGCCGAGACCGCCCAACGUCAACAUCGGUCCAGGCCCCGGCGGCCUCAACAUAGGCACACAGAUGCCUCCAUCAAGGCCAGAGUGGCGGCAGAUCAUGAUGCAGGGCGGCCAGGGGAACGUGCAGAUCAUGGGUCCUAUGCGGCCGGGCUACCCCCAGCAGCAGCCACAGCAAGGCGGCAUGCUAAACCAGCAAGGUCAGCUGAUUGGUAUUCAGCGACCACCAAGUCAGAUGAUGAAUAUGAUGGCCAUGCAGCAAGGCCCCUCCAUGCAGGGCGGCCCAGGCAUGCAAGGCAACCCUAGUAUGCAGCCAGGGAUGCAGGGCGGGCCAGGGAUGCAGGGCGGGCCAGGGAUGCAGGGCGGACCAGGGAUGCAAGGUGGCCCAGGCAUGCAGGGAGGGCCAGGCAUGCAGGGUGGGCCAGGAAUGCAAGGGCCCGGGAUGCAAGGAGGACCCGGUAUGCAGGGUGGACCAGGGAUGCAAGGUGGGCCAGGCAUGCCAGGUGGCCCAGGGAUGCAAGGAGGCCCCUCCAUGCAGGGCCCAAGGAUGCAGGCCAAUAUGGUGGCUAUGACACAGCAGGGGCAGGUGCGGAUGGGAAUUCACAUGAGCCAGGCAGGAGGCAUGGGUGGAGGUCAGGUGACCUCCCAAUACCCAGGUCAACAGGGCCAGAUGUCUACAAUGACCCAGAUGCCUCCUGGACCCAAUCAGAUGAUGACCAACCCCACAGCCCAGGGACGCAACCCUGCAGCCAUGGCCGGCAUGACUGGCGCACGAAGCCCAGCGGCAAUGGCCCAAAUGAGUGGGCCAGGACACCCCAUGAGCCCUGCCAACAGAGGGCAGAUGGGCGGUGCCAGUCCAGUCAACAUGGGCCAGAUGAGUGGUCCUGGACAGGCACCAAGUCCAGCCAACAUGGGAAGCAUGACCCACCCAAGGUCCCCUGCCACCAUGGGGCAGAUGCAUCCACGCAGCCCAGCUACCAUGGGUCAGGGAGGCCCAGCCAGACCAUUGAGCAACCCGGGCAUGGGUCAGGGUGGCCCAGCACGGCCCCUCAGCAACCCUGGCAUGGGCCAGCAGCAGGGGCAGCAGGCAAGCCAGACAGCAUCGGGAGGGACAACCAUCGGAGGUCAGACAACGGGCAGUACUCCGGGACCCAUGAACCGAGGGUCACCCGGGGGCAUGACCCAAGCCUCCUCCGGCAUAUCCUCUAGUGGAAGUGGACUGAACCAAAACCCAAGUAGUUUAAGCCAAAAUCCUGGUAGCAUGACCCAAAAUUCUAAUAGUAUGAACCAGAACUCUGGUAGUAUUAACCAAACCCCUGGUGGCAUGAGCCAGAACAGUAGUGGUAUGAACCAAAGCCAAAGUGGGAUCAACCAAAACUCGAGUGGUAUGAACCAGACCCCUGGAGGCAUGAAUCAGGCCAACAGUGGUCCUCCUGGGAGUCGGCCAAACCAGAGUCCAAUGAGCCAGGUACAGUCAAUCCAGGGUCCGGGUGCAACAGGCUCCCAGACCAACCUUACCAUGAACAGAGUGAAAGGCGGCACGGCAACGGUGAACAGCAGCCAGAACACACCUCAAACCUCAGUGGCCAGCCAGCGGCCAGCCAACGAUAGUAAUAACAGUGUACGGACAUCACAACCAUCCACGCCCAACCCACCGCCACCCACCUCGAGUGGGAACACCCCGGCCACAGACUUUGAAUUUGACUUUGGUGACUUUGCCUCUUUGAUAAGUGACUAAGGUGGUGGUGGUGGCUGUGUGUGUGUGGCUGGCUGGCUGGCCGGGCUUGUUUUGGCUGGUUGGCACCCCACGUCAGUGCUGUAUAUAUGAAACAUUCCUGUAGAAGUGUUAUAUAAUGUACAGUCUUAAUUAUUAUUUUAUUAAUUAGUAGUAGUAAUAUUAUUUUUAUUUUUAUUAUUUUAACUUUUUAUCAAAACUACUACUACUACCACUACAACAUCUACUACUACUACUACUACUGUGACUAUUAUUAUGAUUAUCAUGAGUAAUUAUCAGCAAAUGGUCCAAGAACUGAAGAAAAUGAGUAAUUUAGUAUAUUGAUAUAAUCAUGAAGACUUGCCAUAUCAUAUAGUCUUACUGCCAAGUAUUAUGCCCCCUCCCUACCACCACAGCAAGACCAACCACCUGACCACAGCCCCGCACUACAAUCUGUUCUGAUGCCGGGCACAGCCAUAGUUAUUUUCACCUUAGCACUCGCCAGCAACAACAUUACAAGUUUCUUGACCAAGCAUAUCAUUUUACACCACUAUCACUUUCUUCCUAGCAAAAACAAAAAAAAAUAAUGAAAAAUUGUAGUAAACAGGGUUUCAUUUUAGUUUCCCACCAACCUGCAGUGUUGCAGUAUUAAGUUUUAUCUUGAUGUGGUAAAGGAUUAUGGUCUUUACAGAAUGACAAUGUGCCUCACUGGACAGCAGGUUUAAAGCUGAACAUAAUCAGGCUGAUGUGACCACACUGUUUCCUUUCCAUGACAUGGGCCUUGGAGUUCAGAAGUAUACCCAUUGGACUAGUCUUCUUGUUAGUCUGAAAAAAAGUAGUUGAGUAAAUCUAUAUCGAAUGUUAUCCACCAUAUAAACCUUUUGUAGUAGGGUGUUCGGUUCUUUUUAAAUGACAGCCUGAACUGCAAGGCCUUAUUUGUGCCAAGAAUGUGUACAAAACAUUGAUUUUAUGAUAUGAACAAAUUCUUUCUGAAACUUUUGUGUUGUGUCUGAGUGCUGCUCCCUCCCUCCCCAUUUUCCUUGCUCCCCUCCUCCUCAUCGUCCCAGCAAGGUGUCUUUAGCUAUGUACUCUGGUGUAGGUGGUUUUGUAGAAUUUCUCAUCACUGUUGAUUAGCUUCACAUGUCAUACUCUUAUUAUUUUUUUUAUCCAUCGUUUGGGUAAAAUUUUUAGGCAUUGUUACCAUUUCCCUCACUUAUUCUUGUUCUCGUACUCGUCACUCUCUGCCACAUGUCCCAAAGUACCCCGUGUCUUGGGGAACUUCAACGAGGGGAGAGUAUGAGCAGAACUUUGCAAUCAGCCAAUCACAAAACUUUUUAUGGGUGUCUGUAUUUAAAAAGAAAGCCCUGAUAUUUGAUUGUUCAAAAAUACUUAUCUUCCAUACACAUCCCUCCCCACCAGCCAAGAUUUUUGUUUCACUGAAGUGCAAUGCUAAGAUAGUGAAGCAUGCCUUAUUUUCGUCUCACACACUUUGCGUUCCCCUUGGCGCCAAUGGCAGUGGACAUGGCAGCUGCUGUUCUUGAUGUGCUGCUGCUGCUGUUUGUCUGAGCCGUGAUCAGUCUCCAGUAUUAAUCCCAGACCUCCAGCACACUACUUGAUGCUUUGUCCCCCCUCUUCUGAUUUUCCACAGAACAAUUGUCUAUGCAGUAUUACUACCAGUGUUUGUUUCAUCAUUUUUGAAGUCUUUGUAUACCCAGGAAGAUCAUCUAUGUAGAAUUAUCUUUUAAAGUAUUUAAAAACAUAUGGAGGUAUGUAGGCAUGAAAAAGCAUCAUUUCACACUGAAAGAAACACAAAACUGUAAACUAUUUUUAUAUAUAUGACUUGUGCAGCAUAGGACAAGAAAGACAUUGUGCUGAGCCUGCAACAUUGCAUCAAAUUCCUGUCUUUGAGAAAAAAUGUCUGUUGGUUUUGCCGAACAUUUCCGACUCAGCUUUUGUACAGUUCGUAUGAUCUUCACCCAAUGAUUCUCAGGUAUAUAUUUGCAGAGACCCAAACUUCCAGACCAGUGUCCCCACAUGUAUAUUUAUUUAUUUCAUAAGUUCCUUAAAACAAUCUCAAUAUUUUUCUUCCACCUCAUUUUUUUUUCCAAUCUACAAAGCUUCUUCAGGGAUAUACAUCACAACACUUAUUUUCAUUCACAUUUUCCUUCUCGAGCACUAUUUUUCUUCCUCCCCUUUUGAGUACGUGUUGGAGAUGCGAGGCAAAACCAACGUGAGGCAUGAGGGGCCCUUUGCUGUGAUCCUGCUACCACUAGAGUCACUCCCCAUUGAUUACAUACAACAAAUGAAAACCUCGACACCAACAAGAAACUUCAGGAAGGAAAAGAAAGGGAAGAGAUAAGAAAAGGGUCAUGGAUGGCUUAGUGAUUUAGAACGAUGGAAUUUGUAUAGUAUUUGAGAGGUAAGGGAAGGAAAGGACUUUGUAAUGCAUAAUCCUUUGGAAUGGUGUAGUUUGUGUAUUUUGAGAAGAGGAAAGGAAUGAGAACCACAGGUGGGUUAAUCUUUUUUGGAGUGAUGAAGUUUGUGUAGUAUAUCCUGCCAAAGUAAAUAAAUAUUAACAAGAUUUGGUGAUUGUUGAUGCCGAGUGUGGGUACUCAAGUUGUGUAGGUGUCAGCAUGGUGACAGCCUGAACACACACACACACACAAACACAUACACACACACACAAACACAUACACACACACACACACACACACACACACACACACACACACACACACACACACACACACACACACACACACACACAGGACCUUCCUCGAGUGUGUGCAACAUGUUUGCCAGUGUACAAACCUGUAGCGCUAGUCCAUCAUCACAUAAAGGGAGUGGAGGGCCAAGGCUUCCUGGCAGCCCACGUGAUCAUUUCCUCGAGUCUGUACAAGUGAUUGUAUUGGUGUGACUCACCACUGAUUAGGUGUUCUCAAUGUGGCAGAAAGAAAUUACAUGCAAAAGUACAUAGUACACAUUAUUUCAAUGAUGUCUAAAAAGCUUUGACUCUGAAAUGUUUGAAGGACGACCAGCAGGAAAUGAUCCCCGUGGGUGACGCAGGCGGUGCCCUCCAGAAGUGCCCGUGAAGUCAGUGAAAACACGUGUCAUGUAGUAAAUAUCUUUUCCAGAAGACAUAUUUUGUAAGUUCGUUAACGUAAAAAAAGUGUACAAAUUUAGCCUUCACUUCAAGGACCGAGUGUUUUCACUGAUUUUAGGCACGUCAGGUUUUGUAAUGCAAAAAUAAAUUUGUGCAUAUGUGACACCAUAAUAAAUUAUGAGUUUUUUGGUAACUUGUGUAAACUGUUUAUUUUCCAACUUUUUGAUAGUGGAAAUGAGCCAUAACAGUUAAAUACCAAAGUCUCAUAAUUGGUGAUCUUAAUGAUAUAUAUAUAUGGGCAUCAAAGCAUUUUCUACUUUGUUUUGACACAGGUUUCCAAUAGUGUAAAGUCCCAAGUACAGAAUCCAUUAUUAUAACCACUGACAUAGGUUCAUUGAGUUAGCUUUGCCCGAGGCCGAGGCAGCGAGGAGGCGGAGCUGUGGCUGUGAGGCUGGUGUGAGGGCACGGCUGGCCGGGGACGGCACCUCAUGCUGUGGCACUUCUAUGAUAGUUUUCCAGUCAGACUUUUUUAAGUUUCUGUACUUACGUGAUGUAGGUCUUUUGAUAUCAAAACUUAUUUUACAUUUUAUAGUGUGUAUGCAACAAUUCAUAGAUCAAAUUUUGUUUUAUACAUUUUGAUAUGUUGUUCUGAGGGUUUUUAAGACCUUGGAUAUGAUUUUAAAAACUUUUUCACUUGUACCUGCCUUGGUUUUUUUUCCCAAGUCGUGCUUUGAUUGCCCUGAUGGGAAUAUUAUCUGGGGCUCGGAUGAAGAUGUCUACAAAUCUGUGGUUCCAGAUUGGGUUUUGUACAUAAGAUGAUUGUAACUGAACUCUGUCUGCAGCGCUGCUGUUUGUGCACGGCGUUCAUCUGAGCCGCAGGUGUAGACGCGAAUGUCUUUUUGUGACCCUAGACAGUGCCGCACCACGACUGUGUCUUGCCUCACCUCGCAUAGUUCAUCGAAGAGCACCUCUCCACCUCCUCCCUCCUCGCCCUUGUCGCCGAGGCUGUACCGCCGCCAGGACUAGAUCAGUAUUCCUUCCCUGUACAGACGACCACCGGUUAUGGCUAGAGUGUGUGUAUUUUGUAUCGGAAAAAUAAGUGUAGGUAUAUUGAAAGCUGUUAUUUAUGCAACCCCAGACAAUUAUAUUUUAACCAGCAAACUGGUACCUGAGGUAAUAAAGGUAAUGAUGUCCCAAGUCUGCCCCGCGACUCCUGGGGCGCGGACAGCCUUCGUGACAGUGGCAGGACACAGGUGGCUGAGGUGCCAGUGUCACGGUUCGCUAGUGGCACCCCCCCGGGGGGCGGCUCCGGGCACUGCCCCGGGUCGCUCCCCGUCCACAGUCUGGUUUUGAUUGCUCGCCGCUCGUCCUUGGAGCGUGAGUUUGCAGGUUCAACAGAAAGGCUCCGGAUAGUUGGAUAGUUGUUGUGAGGACGCAGGAAGCCACUCGUUGAGGUGCAGUGAAGGGAAGGUCUCUGCCGAGUAGCUCAGAGUGUUGAGGGAGUGUUGAGAGAAUGUCAUCUAGUUAUAAACGGGAAACCAUUCUUUGAAAUACAGAGACAGGUGGGUGCGGCACACACUGAACCCCUGCUGGCCACCUUGUGACCAGAUGAUCUCAGCCGACGUACUUAGGUCACAAAGUCAGUCGCUUUGUAACAUGUCACCCAUCGGCUGACAUGCCAUCCUUGCAGAUAUGUACAUAUUGUUGUCAUUUCAAAUGCAAUAAAAUAGUUUCGGUCAGAA